CCGCGGCCCGCCCCCCCUCGGCGCUCGCGCGCGGCCCCCGCCCGGGCCCUCGGUCCACCCUCCCGGCGCGCCCAUGAACUCCGUGUCGCCGGCCGCCGCGCAGUACCGGAGCGGGAGCCCGGAGGACGCGCGCCGCCCCGAGGGCCGCAGGCCGCGGGGCCCCCGAGUCCCCGACCCUAACGGCCUGAGGCCCUCUGGAGCCAGCGGCCCCGCUCUUGGCUCGCCAGCGGCCGCCCCCGGGGAGCCGGACGAAGUGGACAAGUUUAAGGCGAAGUUCCUGACGGCCUGGAACAACGUCAAGUACGGUUGGGCAGUCAAAAGCCGGACCAGCUUUAGCAAGAUCUCCAGCGUCCACCUCUGUGGCCGCCGCUACCGCUUCGAGGGCGAGGGUGAGCCGGUGGCCCCAGGCGGGGUUGAGGGGGGCCUGGUGUGCCUGGUGGCAGCUGACAAGCCUGCUCUUGUAGGUGACAUCCAGCGUUUCCAGCGGGACUUUGCGUCCCGCCUGUGGCUCACAUACCGCAGGGACUUCCCGCCCCUGGCCGGAGGUGGCCUAACCUCGGACUGUGGCUGGGGAUGCAUGCUGCGCAGUGGGCAGAUGAUGCUGGCCCAGGGCCUGCUGCUGCAUUUCCUGCCCCGAGACUGGACAUGGGCCGAGGGCACGGGCCUGGGCCCCUCUGAGCCAUCAGGGUUGGCCUCUCCCAACCGUUACCGUGGGCCUGCACGCUGGAUGCCCCCGCGCUGGGCCCGGGGCACCCCUGAGCUGGAGCAGGAACGUCGACACCGGCAGAUAGUGUCCUGGUUCGCCGACCACCCCCAGGCCCCCUUCGGCCUACACCGGCUGGUGGAGCUUGGGCAGAGCUCAGGCAAGAAGGCGGGGGACUGGUAUGGGCCAUCUCUGGUGGCGCACAUACUCAGGAAAGCUGUGGAGAGCUGCUCAGAGGUCACCCGCCUGGUGGUGUAUGUUUCUCAGGACUGCACAGUGUACAAGGCAGAUGUGGCACGCCUGGUGGCCAGGCCGGACCCCACGGCCGAAUGGAAGGCCGUGGUCAUCUUGGUGCCAGUGCGGCUGGGCGGCGAGACUCUCAACCCCGUGUAUGUGCCCUGUGUGAAGGAGCUCCUGCGUUCAGAGCUAUGCCUGGGCAUCAUGGGGGGCAAGCCACGGCAUUCACUGUACUUCAUCGGCUAUCAGGAUGACUUCCUGCUCUACCUGGAUCCCCACUACUGCCAGCCCACUGUGGAUGUCAGUCAGGCUGACUUCCCCCUGGAGUCCUUCCAUUGCACCUCACCCCGAAAGAUGGCCUUCGCCAAGAUGGACCCAAGCUGUACAGUGGGGUUCUAUGCUGGAGACCAGAAGGAGUUUGAGACGCUCUGCUCAGAGCUGACCAGGGUCCUCAGCUCCUCCUCAGCCACCGAGCGCUACCCCAUGUUCACCGUAGCUGAGGGCCAUGCUCAGGACCACAGCCUGGACGACCUCUGCUCCCAGUUCUCCCAGCCAACACUGCGGCUCCCUCGCACGGGGCGGCUCCUCAAAGCCAAACGCCCAAGCUCUGAGGACUUUGUGUUUUUAUAACGGGUGGGGUUGGGGGAGAAGAUGCGCACUAUUUAUUUUUUUAUUUAUGUCAUGCUGGGUGUGGGAGCUUGAAAUCUGGAGGUGAUGGGUCUUCCCGUUCUCACCCCCUUGACAAGUGCAGCUGAGACCAGUACAGGAAACCUCGGAACUGGGGGCCAUCCCGACGGGGGCACAGCCAGUAUGCCUCUCUCCGGCCGGCUGGGCCCUCCGCACAGGGCAGGGAGGGAGGGCUCCCAGACACCCACUCAGGGCCUGACUCAAGUACUGUAGUUUGCACUGGACCACCUGUGCCCCUCGCUGGUCCCAAAGCUCCCACCCUGCCGAAGUCCAGGGGUGGUGGGGGGGAACUGUGGCCACUGGGGGCUAAUAAAGCCGUUUAACUU